CUGGGCCUGCGCUUCGGGGUCGGUGGCCGGGAGGUGGCGUGUGCAGGCCUGCGCUCGGUGAGCCGACGUGAGGAGCUGGUGCUUCGACCCGUUAGCAGUUCAUGGCUGCCCCAGCUGGUUCAGUUUCGAGGAAGUCACUGGCAGACUUCGUUGCUGGCGUUUAAGGCAUCUCUCCCCAUGAGAGUACAACCCAAGAAGAAGAAGAAAGUAGAUAUAAAGAGAGAGCAAGCACAGAAGGAUCGUAUGAAGAAGAAGAUAAGAAAAUUGGAAAAAGCUGCCCCAGAAAUGAUUCCGAUUGAGGAUUUUAUAACACCACCUAAAUACUCGGAUAGCAGCAGAGUGCGAAGUCUCCCUCCUCUGUCUUUUGAGGAGACUGAAAGAAGAGUUCUACUUAUGAAAAAGUGGUCUCUGUAUAAGCAGAAACAAGACGAGGCGGAGAAGAAAGCGAUUCAGACUCUUGUAGCGGCUCAACAAGAGGCGUUAAAGGAACUGCGCCUUGAAUCAGAGGAGUUAUAUCAAGCAGCAAUAAGACGAGAUGAUGGACUUUUUCCCUUUGAGAGAGAUGGACCUAGUUACACCCCACCACUUCCUGGUUAUGAUCCUCCUGAAGGAAAAUGCAUUGAUAUCACCAAGGUGUAUACACAGUGAGAUGGGAAGAGUUUAUUGUUCAUCUGGCACAAGCUACUCAGCUGGUUGAGACAGAAAAGAACGGAAUGAGAAUGAAUGAUUCCUUUUGCAGUUUAAAACACUGUAGAUGUGUGACUGUAAUAACAAAAAAAACCCACCCCACUGCCAUGAAAUGUCCGUUUUCCUUUUAAAACCAGCCAUCUACAUAAUAAAACAUCCAAUAAAGCUUUAUUGCUCUA